UCGUUAUAGUGGGAGUUUGCUUUGUGUAUCCUACGGGGAGGUUUUAUGAAAUGGGAUAUUGUAUUGACUCAACAGGAAAUAGACUACGGUUUAGAGUAGUACAUCGUCAGAGGACAUGAAGAAAUACUGUCGGUGAUAUUAAACGCAGAGAGGCUACUUUAUUGUGCUGUAGAAGUUUUGACAUGUUUCUAGCAGUGCGGCUCGUUUUUUUAGCAUACUCUCUUCUGUUUAUGUGCUAGAAUAAGAAGAAGUGUCAUUUCGCUUGAUACAUUUUGCCUUGCCGGAGCUACAAUGACACCGUUGAAUUUGACAAUGAAGGAGAGAACACUUCCUCGCGCUAAAACCCACUGGAUUUCAACAGCAGCAACAGCUGGAAUAGUUGUGCUGUGUGUGUUUGCGUGGUCCUGUCACGCGGAAGAAGCAUCUUGUCACGGAGCUUACGACUUGUACUUUGUUCUAGAUAGAUCGGGAAGUGUUUCUAACGACUGGGGUGAGAUUUAUGCCUUUGUGAAGAAUCUGACAGAUCGAUUUGUGAGCCCCAGCAUGAGGGUUUCCUUUAUAGUGUUCUCAUCUUCAGCCAAAGUGAUGUUACCUCUCACUGGAGACAGGUAUGAAAUCCAGAAAGGCUUGGAGGCACUGAGAGAGGUGAAGCCAGCAGGGGAAACCUACAUGCAUGAAGGGAUUAAAGAGGCAAACCUUCAAAUCAAAGCCCAAGCGACCAAGUCCUCCAGCAUCAUUGUGGCUUUGACGGACGGAAAGCUGGAGGUCUAUGUACAUGAACUAACAGUUGAAGCGGCCAACGAUGCAAGGUACUACGGUGCUCGGGUGUACUGUGUUGGUAUCAAGGACUUUGACGAGCAACAGCUAGCCGAGGUGGCUGACACCAAAGAUCAAGUGUUCCCUGUUAAAGAUGGUUUCCAUGCACUCAAAGGCAUUGUCAAUUCAAUAUUAAAGCAGUCCUGUACAGAGAUCCUGACAGUGGAGCCGUCCAGUGUCUGUGUGAACCAGUCGUUUGACAUCGUGCUUCGAGGGAACGGCUUCUCGGUGGGACGAGGCAACGACGGGGUCGUCUGUAGCUUCAUGGUGGGCCAGCAGAUCUACAAUCGGAAGCCAAGCAUUGUGCAGAACGAUUAUCUCCUGUGUGCUGCACCGGUUCUGUAUGAAGUCGGACAGUCGAUGGACGUACUGAUCAGUCUGAAUCACGGGAAAUCCUUCAUCUCUAGUGCCUUCACCAUCCACGCCUCAACAUGUUCGAACGGCUUCGCUGUAGCCAUAACUCUCCUGGUGCUGUUGUUACUGGCAGCCUUGGUAGCUGCUUGGUGGUUCUGGCCUCUCUGCUGCACCGUGGUCAUUAAACCCCCUCCUCCUCCCCCUGCUCCGUUGCGGCCUCCACCACCUGAGCCAGAGGAGGAUGACCAUCUGCCCAAGAAGAAGUGGGCGACUGUGGACGCCUCGUACUACGGAGGGAGAGGAGCAGGAGGGAUCAAACGCAUGGAGGUGCGUUGGGGAGAGAAGGGCUCUACAGAAGAAGGGGCAAGGCUAGAGAAGGCUAAGAAUGCUGUAGUGUCUGUUCCUGAGGAGGUGGAAGAGCCCAUGAUGCCCAGACGGGUCCCCAAACCCAAACCUACAUACCAACAGCGCCAGGAGUCCAAAUGGUAUACCCCUAUAAAGACGCCCCCCUCUCUACUGCCUGAUCAGACGUCCCCCUCUCUACUGCCUGAUCAGACGUCCCCCUCUCUACUGCCUGAUCAGACGUCCCCCUCUCUACUGCCUGAUCAGACGUCCCCCUCUCUACUGCCUGAUCAGACGUCCCCCUCUCUACUGCCUGAUCAGACGUCCCCCUCUCUACUGCCUGAUCAGACGUCCCCCUCUCUACUGCCUGAUCAGACGUCCCCCUCUCUACUGCCUGAUCAGACGUCCCCCUCUCUACUGCCUGAUCAGACGUCCCCCUCUCUACUGCCUGAUCAGACGUCCCCCUCUCUACUGCCUGAUCAGACGUCCCCCUCUCUACUGCCUGAUCAGACGUCCCCCUCUCUACUGCCUGAUCAGACGUCCCCCUCUCUACUGCCUGAUCAGAUGUCCCCCUCUCUACUGCCUGAUCAGACGUCCCCCUCUCUACUGCCUGAUCAGACGUCCCCCUCUCUACUGCCUGAUCAGACGUCCCCCUCUCUACUGCCUGAUCAGACGUCCCCCUCUCUACUGCCUGAUCAGACAUCCCCCUCUCUACUGCCUGAUCAGACGUCCCCCUCUCUACUGCCUGAUCAGAUGUCCCCCUCUCUACUGCCUGAUCAGACGUCCCCCUCUCUACUGCCUGAUCAGACGUCCCCCUCUCUACUGCCUGAUCAGACGUCCCCCUCUCUACUGCCUGAUCAGACGCUGUCUGUUCCCAUUGCUCCUGGGAGGUGUGUGUGGGUGACAGUGGUCCUAAUGAAGAUGUAA